AUGUCGAAUGAAGUCAAAAUCGAAUACAAUCAGAAGAACAUGCUCUUCCGCAGACUUGGAUUCAGCGGCCUGCGUGUCCCUGUAUUCUCCCUCGGGGGCUGGCUCACGUUCGGUAAUACUGUCACGGGCGACACUGUAAAGGAUAUCGUGAAGACGGCCAUAGAGAACGGAGUUUGCAUGUUUGAUGAGGCAGAGAACUACGCUGAGGGGAAAUCCGAGCUUGAACUGGGUCGUGUCUUCAAGGAGCUGGGAGUUCGUCGGGGGGAUUUUGUCAUCACAAGCAAGGUAUUCUGGGGCACCCGCCCUGGACCAAACAACAUGGGGCUGUCGCGCAAGCAUAUCAUAGAAGGAGUAAAGGAAUCUUUGCAGCGUUUGCAGUUGGAGUACCUGGACAUCGUCUUUGCGCAUCGUCCGGACACGACGACUCCCGUUCUGGAGACUGUGCGUGCCUUUGACUGGGUUAUCAACCAAGGUCUUGCUCACUACUGGGGGACAUCCGAAUGGAGUGCCAGGGAGAUCGAGGAAGCUCACCAGAUUGCCGAGCGAUACGGCUAUCAUGCGCCGGUCGCUGAGCAAUGCCGUCAUAACUUGCUGGCUCGUGAACGGGCUGAAGGCGAGUAUGGCGCUUUGUACAAGAAGUACAAUAUGGGAACCACCGUGUUCUCUGCCCUUGCCAGCGGGAUGCUGACCGGAAAGGGAGGUCCGAUUCACUUGGUCAUUCCCAAAGGAUCGCGGUUUGAUACUAACCGAGACUUCUUCAAGGGCAAGGAUGCGUUCCUGCAAUCAGAGGAAGGGCAGGCACAGAUCGCGCAAGUCAAAGCUUUAUCCGACCUCGCCGCAAAGGAGCUCGACUGUACCGUUUCCCAGCUCGCACUUGCGUGGGUUCUCCGUAUCAACCCCAAUACCAGCACGGUCAUCCUUGGUUGCACCAGCAAAUCUCAGCUCCUUGAGAAUCUUAAGGCGCUUGAUAUCUAUCCUAAACUGACCCAGGAGAUCCUCGGGAAGAUAGAAGCUAUCGUUAACAACAAGCCCGCAGACCUGCCCACCUAUGGCCGGCCGCCGCUGGACCACUUUGUCCGUCACUACUGA